GAUCCAAAUAAACCAACCAACACGCAGCUUCACUUUGGUUGCUUUGAGGAGGUGGUGAUAAAGUAUCCUCGCAGAAUUUUACUAAAGAGAGAUGGAUAGUGACGGCGGAGGAAAAGAAAAAUGUGGUCGAUAAUGUUUUAACCCGAAGGUUUUGACGACUGGUGGGGACAGGUGAUGUAAAAACACGGUACCAUGUGAAUGGUUGAGGAACAUGAAGCCUGCACACAAACUACUGUUCGUCCUGUGUCCCAUGCUGGUCUUGGGGUUCAUCUACUACUCUUCUGGGAAGCUCCGUUUGCACGUGUGGGGCCAGAAGCCACGUCCAGAAUCAGGAAAGUUGAGAGACAGUAAGGUGAAUGAGAUCUGGGACCAGAUCCAUAAACAUAGUCAUUAUGACAAAGAUGUGACGCCCACAGUAAAAGUCAGUAAAGUCACAAAAAAUACUGUCAAAUCCCCAGAGACCAAAGAGCCGGUGGUGGAGGGUCCUGUCUCCGUGGGACGAACAGUAGGCUCAGUGUUUGAUAAGCAAGGGUUCUUGCUGAAUCUGGACUCUAAGCUGCCUCCGGAGUUGGUGUACAAGUAUGGAAACCUCAGUGAAGGGUCCUGCAAACCUGGCUAUGCAGCUGCCAAAAUGACUGCUAUCUAUCCAAAGUUUAGUAAGCCAGCUUCCAUGUUUCUGGACCGAAACUUUAGGCGGCUUGCAAAAGUUACCAACUAUUUACCUCCAUUUGGAUUUAAAACACAAGAAAGAAUCAUAGAUGUUAUAUUAUCUUCCACAAAGAAUUAUGGACUGGGUCCAAAUUUGGAUAGUUUGAGUUGUAAAAGGUGUGUAAUAGUAGGUAAUGGCGGUAUCCUUAGCAACAAGUCUUUAGGAUCCCGCAUCGACGAAUACGAUGUUGUAGUAAGACUCAACGAGGCCCCAGUGAAUGGUUACACCAGAGAUGUAGGCACUAAGACCACCAUGAGGAUCACCUAUCCCGAGGGGGCCAUCCAGAAGCCUGAACGCUAUGAAAAAGAUUCCCUCUUUGUCUUCUCUGCUUUCAAACCUCUCGACUUUAAAUGGUUGAGACAGAUGGUCAACAGAGAGAAACUGCAGGGAACAGAGGGCUUCUGGAAGUCUGUAGCGCACUAUGUGCCCCGGGAUCCCUCUGAGAUACGGAUCCUCAAUCCCUUCUUCAUACAAGAAGCUUCUUUCCAGUUUAUUGGCCUUCCACAGAACAAUGGCCUCAUGGGUAAAGGGAACAUUCCAACGUUGGGUACUGUCGCCAUAACGAUGGCUCUACAUAACUGCGACGAGGUCGCCGUGGCUGGAUUUGGCUAUGACAUGAACACCCCUCAUGCACCCUUGCACUACUACGAAACAGUCAAAAUGUCUGCCAUAAAAGAGUCUUGGACUCACAACAUCUCAAAGGAAAAGGAGUUUCUUCGCAAGUUGGUGAAGGCCAACAUCAUCACAGACUUAACCAAUGGGAUUUGAACCUCCCAAGGUAGGUGCCUUCCUUGGAGAACUUGAAAGCGGAAACCCUGGACCAGACAACACUGAAGAGCGUAAUUUCCGAGGUGGGAGCGAUUGCACACGUGCCUUCUUACCGACAGGCUUCCUCUGAGUGGAACGUUGAAGGGUUCUUCAAUAUCUCAGAAGUCAAUCCUUGUUGGAGUACAGAUUUGGAGUGGAGACUUUGAGGGGACCAACACAAUGUGCUUGAGGAGCGAGUCGAAACAUUAUCUGAUUGUGCCAAAUGUACCUCUAACAGAGGAGACGCCCCUCCUCUCCUGCCUGAAUGUAUUAACGGUGUAAAUAUCAAAGAUUUUUUUUACAGUGCAUUUCAAUGCUACGGCCCCUGCCUUCACACGUGAUUCUCCGUCCGGGGCACUCCUGCGUAUCCUGCCACAGUGUGUGGAAGGGCAGAGGCAGGUCUUUGAUUCAGCCCUUCUUCUGAGCACAGGAGGCUCAUUAUCUCCUGAAUGUGAGCGCAUUAUAUUACAGCUUCUUUUGUUGAGGAAAGGAGCUCAAUAUCUAAGUUAUUUAUUUUGGUGAAUAGAUGAAGGCUUUUUUUCCCCUUUCUUUUAUGUAAGCCACAUUUACAAAAUAACGUGUUGUUAUAAAUACACACUACAGUUUACUUGAGGUGGGAGACUGAGUACUUAUUAGGGAUGCACAGAUACCAUAUUUUUUCCUAUUUAAUUACAAAACUUGAAUUGUUAUUCCUUAUUGGGAUUCCUCACUAGCUUCAUAAAAACACAACUUCAGUAUAAUUAAACAAAAAACAGAUACAUGCAUACAUAUUCUAUGCUAUUAUUCAAAAGUUUGGGAUCUGUAAGAAAAAAAAAAUAUUCAACAAGGAUUCAUGAUAUUGAUCAAAGGAGGCAGUAAAGACUAAGCUACAUUGUUAAAGGGGUCAUAUAAUGGUACAUGCGCUUUUUCAAGUUUUUGUUUUAAUCUUCGUACUGUAUAUGUUUUUCCCUGCCUCAAAUCGAGCCGUUCGACUGUGUGACGUCACGCAGUCGGAUGCUCCACCCACGGUUUUUGAUUGACAGCAGCGUUUCAACACAGACCCGUGUGGUGAUCUGUGGAAACUUUGUUUUUGUCCAAACAGAAACAACCAUGGUACGUACAAUAUCGGAUUCGGAUCUAUAUCUGAUCUGACAAAAAAAUGUCUGUCUUUGCUGAUACAAUCCAGGGGUGUGUUUCCCAAAAGCAUGGUCUUUAUCAGCGUAGUUCAAGUCUGUGUUUCCCGAAACAAUACUUCCACGAUCAUUCGCAAACAGCUUCGCAAGUUUGUUUGGUUGGAACGACAGCUCGACCUGUGGUUAGAAGCAGAGUGUCUUGCUUGCAAGACUUGGACUUCAUAUAUCAUUAUUUUGAGCCUAAUAAGCAAUCUGAUACUCAGUACAAUCUCUUUGGCUUUUAUUUAGAAUACAUACAAAUGUCAUUUACUGUACGUCUUUUAGCUUGUUGAGAUUUUAAGCACCGCUUUUGAAGAGUGAGAACAUGCGCUAGUGAGAACAAGCCUAUGAUUGAAUCUGGAAAUAACGCUAAAUAACUGAGAAAAAUAAGAGCUAGUCCUCAAAUGCCAUGUCCGUAAUCUAGCAUUAAUUCGAUCUCAUACAGAUUCAUUAAAAUGAGUUAUUACUCCACCACCUGCGUGACAUCAUUAACCAACGUGGUUGAACUCAUGACCAGCUAGUUGAUGUCUUCAACGAUGGUACUAAAGCAACGAGUUACGGUGCAUCCCUAGUUCAGACAGACCUCUAAAUCACCUGACGUAAUAGUACACUGCCAUCCUGAAUUCAGACCAAUACACUAAGAAGAACCAUUGGCUUUUUUUUUAAUGCACUUCAAGAUAAGAAAAGUCACAGAUAUUUACAAAAGAGAUUUAGUUGGUUUUGUACUUUUUGGGUGGCUAUUUUAAGGAGUAGGCCUACUGUUUCAGUGCUUUAUGGUUUUAUAUUUUGAGCUGUGAGCUUUCAGAGCAGCUACUGGACACCUAGCAUUGCACUGGCCAUCAGAGUUCAUCAUAUUACACUACACCUGGUUCUCAGUUCAUCAAGAUCCCACAACAGGAAGGAGUCGUCAUGUCAACCUCCUAAUUGAAAGACAUUUUAAAGAGUUCUUUGCUCUUGUAGAAUGGUGCAUUUACACUGUGCAGUAUGCCACCAAUCAGCAUUAUAAUAAUGAUCAUUUGGAGUUAGAAGGAAAUACUAAAGUGUUAUUGUUUCUUUUAUAUAUAUAUAUAUAAUAUAAAUAUAUCUUCAAGUUGUAAUAAAAUUAAUGUGUUGGGUAGUUUUUGCCCUAAAUUGA